CCAUUUAUCAAAUUAGCAACUUGAGCAAUUUAAAUUUAAAUCAUGAUAAGCUAUGUUAUGAGGCGGGAAAAAUUCUAGCCGAAGCUUUAUAUACAAAUCCCACCUUUAAAUAUUUGGAUUUGAGUUCAAAAAAAUUAUGCAAUGGGGCAGGGAAAGGAAUAGCUGAGGCACUAGGUAAUAACAACACACUAACAAAUAUAAAUUUAGAAAACAACCAUCUGGGUGACGAAGCAGUAAUAGCGCUUUCCAAGGCUCUUUAUACAAAUACCACCCUUAUAUACUUAAAUUUAA